AGGUGGUGCAGCUGCACGUGCGCGCGCCUGUGUGUACCUUCUGGCAGUGCGCAUGCGCCCAGGCCCAAGCUGGGCCCUAGCAACCGCCGCAGUGACAGUAGCAACGGAGCGGAAUGGCAAAAGCAACAACAAUUAAAGAAGCCCUAGCCAGAUGGGAAGAAAAAUCAGGUCAAAAGCCAGCAGAAGCCAAAGAGGUAAAACUUUAUGCCCAGAUCCCCCCUGUAGAGAAGAUGGAUGCAUCCUUGUCCAUGCUUGCUAAUUGCGAGAAGCUUUCGCUGUCUACAAACUGCAUUGAAAAAAUUGCCAAUCUGAAUGGUUUAAAAAACUUGAGGAUCUUGUCAUUGGGAAGAAAUAACAUAAAGAACUUAAAUGGAUUGGAGGCAGUUGGGGACACUUUAGAGGAGCUGUGGAUAUCAUAUAAUUUCAUUGAGAAGCUGAAAGGGAUCCACGUUAUGAAGCGACUGAAGAUCCUCUAUAUGUCUAAUAACCUAGUGAAAGACUGGGGGGAGUUUGUAAAGCUGGCUGAAUUAGGAUGCCUAGAAGAGCUGGUGUUUGUGGGUAAUCCCCUGGAAGAGAAAUAUUCCUCUGAGGGCAACUGGAUAGAUGAAGCAACCAGACGAGUACCCCGGCUGAAGAAGCUAGAUGGAAUCCCGGUAAUUAAAGAGGAAGAAGAAGAAGAAGGCUAAUCCUACAUUUCCACUUUGUUUUAACUUAUGAUAUUUAAGUAAGAAUAAUAGAUGAUGCUUUGUAUUGUUUGUUUUUUAAAGUAUAUUGAGGGCAAAAAUAUUUUUGAAACAUUUUACAGAUUCCUUGUCAUCGUUCUCCCUUUCUUAUCCCAUCUAAAGAGUGAGUUAACAAAACAGUGGUGACAACAACUUUACAUAUAAGGACCCAGGCCUCCUAUUUUGUAACUAAAGAAAUUGCUGAUAGCAGUAGUCAUUCCUUAGUCACGACUGCAUAUCCCAAGCUAAUAUGAUAUUUAUAAAAUAGUAAUUUUUUUCUAGUUAGAAUAGAGGCACGUUUUUCAUGUCCCUUCGACCUAAGUAUUUUAAUUAUUUAUAAUAACAAAGGAAUAUGUUUUAGUUCUUUGUUGUUUGUUUAAAUACCACUUAGUCUUUUUUUUUUUUUAAUAUUCAUUGCUUCAAGAGAAAAGUUUUAGACCUUUGGACCUUUACCAUCUUCCUUCCUGUCUAGUUACCUCCUUGUUUUUCAUAGUCACACAAAUGCCAUCCAUUUGGUUCAAAAAGAGAACAUACAGCAUGAAAUGAUCUUCUGUCACCAGCAAGACUCAGAACCAGCAGACCAAAGUUCAGUUGAAACAACUGUGAACUAGAGAGAAAGAUUCAAAUCCAAGGAGGCUAUUUCAUAUUCUGUAUUGUGUUUGUUGGGAUUUUUAAAAAAACGAGUGCAUGUUCAACUGGAAUUUAGGUCAUCUUUCCUUGUGGCCACUGAGUCAGAUUAUGGCCUGGGCAGUUCAGCGACUGCAGUUAUCUUGAUCUUCUGUCUAAUCACUGCAGCUGAAUCGGUAUCAGUUGUGAAGAUGACUGCAGUGCCGUCAUCUGGUUAUUUUGUACACGUCAAUCUGGCCUUAGGCACAUGGUUAAGGGUAUAUUAAAAACUGUCAAGAAGUGACUAGAUAUUUUAGUUUUGCCCAGCCCAAACUAGGCAGCAUCGCUCCAUAUUCACCUAAGUCUUGUACCUAGAUAUCAAGUUCUUGAUGAACUGAAUCUAGCAACUUCCUGAUACAUGAACAUUUCUCUUUCUAGGUUUGCUUUUGUUUGAGAAGCACCAAUUCAGACGGCUGAUAGGGUGGGUUAUGUAAGUGCAUAUGGGAGGGAGAGAAAAGAAAGUGAAUAUUUUGAUAAGUGUGUACAAGCAAAUGGCAACAUCUUUUAGAAUAACUUCAUGCAGCAUUUCAAUGUACUUAAACUCUGCAAUCACGAAAUAACGAGAAGACACACAAUUUGGGAAUAUUGUAUAACAAAAAAGCCUAUGUUCCUUCUUUUUCUGGGGAACGUAAGAUGGUAUAAGUGGGUGCCUAAGUGGAGUUUUGCAGAGAGAAAUGGCUGAUUCACUCAUAGAGAGCCAGAAGGAGGUCAGGAACCCUCUGUCACAUUGUUAAAGAUAUUCCCAAAGUGAGGUAUCACUGAUAAAUGCAUAGUUAAAGGAGAAAAACAUAAGUCAAUGAUUUAAAGAAGUGAUUUAGAGACAUAGCCCCUGGCUUCAGAAGUAUUGAGUUCCAACCAAGACAGCAAACAUUUGAUUUCCUUGAGUAUACAAACUUACUUAGAAAGGUGUUACUGCAUUGACAAUCAGUGUUUAGUGAUGAAAGAAAGAAAAAAAUUGGUGCAACAUUUUAAACUUUUUAGCCAUUCUCUAUGUGAGAAAAAAUUCUAUAUAGUUAAUUUAGGAAACCCUGCCCAAUCUUAAGAAUCUAAAGCCUGUGGAUAUUCAAUUGGAUCAUAAUUCAAAAAACCUUCAUUGUACUUUUGUUGUAGUUGGUAAUUCAUUCUGUUGUUCUGGUUGAAUCGAAAAUCUUUAGGUUGGUGGAUGUGUUCUCUGUGUUCUCUAUGUUCUCUUACGCCAACAGUCACUGUCAAAGUGAACGAGUGAUUUACAGCAGGGUUGGCCCAAUUGAGUCUGCUUGUCACAUGGCUUAGGGGUCGUUUUUGAUGCCUGUUUUUUCUACCCUUGGUUUUGACCUUUUUAAAUUAGAAGGGACUUUUUUCUUUCCUCUUGUAACCUUGGAAUCACAUGUAGUGUUCAGUGAAAUAGAAGGUGGUGAUUAAUGGUGAUUUCACCUGAUAUUCACAUUCAUGUCCAUUCAAUAUAUUUGAGUGCCUACUGUGGUGCCUAGCACAGUUCUUUUUAUGGGACUGAAUUUAGAGUCUUAGCCAUUAGGGAAGGAAGUAUAGGGACCCAGAAGUAGUUCAGGAUCUUCAUCUAUUUCAUAGGACCCUAAAUUUAACUGACACUUUAGGCCUUAAGCAUAUUGCUUCUAGGAAAAAUGUUUGGCCUAGUUUGAAUGUGUUGUCUCUAUGCUUCUAGAUUAGUCAUAUAUAUAUAUAUAUAUAUACAAAUAUAUAUAUAUAUUUGUAUAUUAAAUAUAAUAUAUGUUUUAUACAUAUGUUUCAAGUGGCUAAAUUAGUUUUCCUGAAUCUAUUUUUCCCUCUAAUGGUAAAUUUGUACAAUUGGUCAGAUCUUUUAAUUGUUCAGAAAAGCUUCUAUUUUAGUUAUCCAAAGAAUUCAACUCUUCUGUGGUAUCCAAUAUUGAUAUAGUUGUGACUCUCUACAUUUUGA